GGCGCCGACGACAAAACAUCGUAUUUACUCCGUUUUGGCGAAUUCUAACACACAGUUCGACACAAUCAAAAAAACAUGAGCAAUUCCAGUUACAGAGUAGACGCUGACGAAUAUUUAGUCUCGCUGAUAGCGAAACAUCCAGGUAUUUACGAUAAACGCAGCGAUUACUACAAAGAUUAUAUACGAAAGCAACAAUCGUGGGACUCCAUCGCUAGCCAACUGAAUUUGGAUGCUGAAAGCGUCCGGAAAAGAUGGGAAAAUUUACGAGACAGAUUUGUACGAGUUUACAGAGAAUAUACGGCGUCGAGCAAUAAUCCCAUGGUGAAGAACAAAUUUAAAUUGUUUGACCACAUGUUAUGGUUGGCGCCACAUAUCCGCAAACGCAGAAUGACGUCCUCAGUUUUUGUAAUGAAAACCAAGGUAGCUCCACAGUUCUCUUUAAACGACGACACUCAAAGCAGCGAUAAUCACGAAACCAAAGAAAGUGUGAACGUAAAGGCGGAAACACAAUCGAACGCAUCGGACAUCACAUAUCACGAGUCUUAUUUGGAAGAUGAUGCCAUGUUGUCCUCUACGUCAGCUGCUGACGGUAUUUCACAGCCGACUGAAAGUGAAAUUCCGAAUAAAUCUGAUCAUUACUUCAUGAUGUCAGUGGUCCAUGACUGUCAAGCUAUGCGCCCGAGGAAAAAGUUGAAGUUUAAGAAAGACGUUUUAGAACUGCUGGAAAAGUAUUUAUAUGAUGACGACAAGUGACUAUUUGUGAUGUGGAUUUGUGUUUAAAAUGUUAACUAAUUGAAAGAAUUAACCGACAAAGUUAUAUAAAACUUGAAGAAAUGGA